CCGUGUACAUAUAAUACAGAUUACUUUGGGUUUUUAGGGUUACAGCAUUCUUCCUCUGUCGCCGCAAAAAAAGAGAACAGACGCAAUAGGCUUGAAGCUCUCUGCUGCAACAUGACUUUCAAGCGCAGGAAUGGUGGCAGGAACAAGCACAACCGUGGUCAUGUGAACCCCAUCAGGUGUUCCAACUGCGGGAAGUGCUGCCCCAAGGACAAGGCGAUUAAGAGAUUCAUCGUCAGGAACAUUGUUGAACAGGCUGCCAUCAGAGAUGUUCAAGAAGCCAGCGUCUACGAUGGUUACACUCUCCCAAAGCUGUACGCUAAGAUGCAAUACUGUGUGUCAUGUGCAAUCCACUCUCACGUUGUGAGAGUCCGAUCCCGCACCAACCGUAGGGUCCGUACCCCUCCUCCCCGUUUUGCCAGACGCAAGGAGGAUACUCCCAAGCCUGGACAACCUGGUCAGGCUCCUCGCCCAGCUGGUGGUGCUCCUGCUGCACCUCGUGCUUAAAGACUGCCUCCAUCCCAAAACUCUUUAUUUUCUAUUUUCAGUCUCAGUGUUUGAAUUUUUUGAAGAUGUUUUCUACAUUUGGUUAAAGAUCAUUUUGUCAUGUCAAGCUUUGAACGCUCUAAGACUAUUUAUCAGUUUAUUUUGACUUUGGCGCUCUAUUUUACUUGUGCUUGUAUUUUCAAGAUUAA